UGCACUGCCUAUAUAAGUUUGGUUUGGGUUUGACAGUAGUAUAGCAAAGCCACAUAAAGCCAAGAAAACUAUCUUAAUAUUUUGAUUGUUAUUCUAAUGGCUCUCCUCCAAAUUACUUCUCUCCCAUUUAGCUUUGCUAAAUUGCCUUUACCUCGCGAAACAAAGUCUUCAUAUCUAGAAAAGAGAAGCUUCAAUCUCCAUGGUGGAACUCAACCCAAGGCAUCAUUUAAAGUUUAUAAUACUAAUCAAACAAUUACUCGUCGAUCUGCAAAUUUUGAACCUUCAACUUGGAGUUAUGAUUAUAUCCAAUCAUUGAGUACUGAAUAUAAGGUAUGCUUUUAUUUAAAAAAAAAAAGAGUAUCAGGUUUUUUUUCUUUCAUAUUUCUCAAUUUCAAAAAUCGCCAUGAAAAUACAAAUGCUUCCCUAUGAUGAUCAGGCUAAUGUCUUCUUGAUAAAUUAAUAUAGGAAGAAGUUUACAAAAAUCAAGUAAGUGUGCUAAAGGAAAAGGUGAGGAUGAUGUUUUGCAAAGUAGAAAAUGAGCUUGAUCAACUUGAAUUUAUUGAUUUAUUGCAAAGACUUGGAGUGGAGUAUCAUUACCCGAAUGAAAUUAGAAAUGUCUUGGACAAUAUCUAUAAAACAGAAAACUCGAAUAAUGAAGAGAAGAAUUUAUAUGCCACAUCACUCAAGUUCAGACUCUUAAGACAACAUGGCUAUGAUAUAUCUUCAGGUUUGUACUACUUUCCAGUAUUUCACUUAAGAAAUUUAUAAAAAUGAUGGUGUAUUUAUGUGCGUAAUAUUUUUUUGAUGUUACAGAUAUUUUUAUUCGCUUUAAAGAUGAAAAUGGAAAUCUCAAGAAAAGCGAGCACGCUGAUGUGGAGGGAUUGCUAUCAUUGUAUGAAGCCUCAUUUCAUUCAUUCGAGGAUGAAAAUAUAUUGGAUGAAUUAAAAGAUUUUGCCUCCAAAUUUCUAAAAGAUUAUUUGAACGAGGGUAAAGGUGAUUAUACAUCAGAUCUAAUCAAUCAUGCUUUAGAUUUUCCAUUACAUUGGAGAGUUCCUAAGUUCGAGGCUCGGUGGUUCAUUAAUGUGUACCAAAAAAAGGAAAACAUGAUUCCUGAUUUACUUCAGUUCGCUAAAUUGGAUUUCAACAUUUCUCAAGCAAACUAUCGAGAAGAACUCAAGGAAUCAUCCAGGUGACAUGUCAAUUAUUUCAUUCAUACAUUACAGUUGAUUUUUGAUUAAAAUCCACCUCAGAGUCAUAAUUCUUGAAUCAUAUAAAGUAUUUCAUGUUUCUUUUUCACAAGUUUAUCAUACCUAUUUCUCAUAGUAUGAUACUUAUAUUGCGCUUUUAUAUUAUAUCAAAAUCAAAUCAAAACUAUUUUUUUUUUACUUAUACUAAAUCUCAUAACUCUUUUCCUUUUGUAAAUUAUUUAAGAUGGUGGAAUCAAGGAGGACUUGGAGAAAAGUUGAGUUUUUUUAGAGAAAGGGUUGUUGAUAACUACAUUUGGUCCUUGGGAGCAAAUUCAAGGCCGGAUCUUGAUUUUUUCAGAAAACAUAUGACAAGGAUCAUUUCCUUUAUUACCUUAAUUGAUGAUGUUUAUGAUGUGUAUGGUACCUUGGAAGAACUAGAGCGUUUCACAGAAGUAAUUGACAGGUGUGAUCUAAGUUCUGUGGAUAGUCUCCCAGACUACAUGAAAACAUGCUUUCAAGCACUCUAUAACUUAGUCAAUGAAAUGGCUUCCGAAUAUCCAGAGAAGAACGGGUACAAUAUUAAUAUCACUUCAUACCUAAUGAAAGCGUGGGCAAAUCUAUGUAAAGCAUUUUUAAAUGAAGCGAAGUGGUACCAUAGUGGAUAUACGCCAAGCUUUGAAGAGUACAUACAAAAUGGAGUGACUUCCUCAAGUGUGCCUCUUUUACUCACUCAUUCUUACUUCUUAAUUCCAAAUUCAUUCAAAGAGGAGGAGAUCAAAAAUUUGGAAGAGUACCCAGACAUAAUUUGUUUUGCGGGCAAGAUUUUCCGCAUGGUUAAUGAUAUUGGAACAUAUAAACGUGAAGAUGCGACGGGUGAUGUUGCUAAGUCACUUCAAUGCUACAUGAACCAAAGUGGAGCUCCUGAAGCAGAAGCUCGUGAGCAUUUAACAUCGGUGAUACAUAAAACAUGGAAGAAGUUUAAUGAAGCGACUCAUAAUUCUUCUUUCUCCCAAGGUUUUAAAAAUACUGUUAGGACCUUUGUAAAUGUAGCAAUAUGGUCGUACCAGCGAGGAGAUGGCUAUACUAUUCAUGAUCCUGAAAUUCAGAGUCUCAUUCGAUCAUUGAUGGUUCAACCCAUCCUUCCUUGA